AUGGCUUCUGAUUCUGAUUAUAUGGACUUUCUUAAUAAGGCUAAUCAGCAACGCGAUGCUGGUAUAGACAAGCCCCAAGCCGAGUCUACAGCUCCUUCCUCACAGCAAGUUCGCACACGGACGGUUGAGACGAGCGCCAAGGUACCCGAUGUGCUAAAAAAAGUUGAUUCGUUCUACAUCUCAGAAACAGAUGAACCCUUUGAACCUGUUGCUUUGGAAUGGGAAGGUGCUUCGAGAGGGAAAUGGCCGACACCUGACCAAUUUGCCUCUCUCAUUACUACAUCCAAGUCUGCCGCCUCGGACAUAUCACAAUCCAUCGAGACACUUCCGCCGAGCUCUUUCGAUCCCAGAGAUCAAUACAGCAGUGUGAUCGGAACGGUUCGUGAAGCUGCCGCCGCGUCGGAUCCGAAUGUUGAUGAAAGUGAGAUUGAUGUGAAGGUUUACCGAGUAGAAGUCGGUCAUAACAGAAUAGAGUACUGGGUUGUGGCGCUGAGUGCGACCAAUGGGAACAUUGUGGGCUUCAGGGCUAAAGCAGUUGAGUCGUAA